GCAUUGUAUUGGUCAGACUGCCGGACACUGAGGUCCGUAUUGGCUGCUUUUCUUUCACAAGGUUCCCAAAGAACUCAGAGAUUUGGAAUAUUGGGUUACAGUGUGGCAAAAUGGCGACUGUCAUUCAGAAUCCGCUGAAAGCGCUCGGGGACCAGUUCUACAGGGAGGCCAUUGAGCACUGUCGCAGCUACAAUGCCCGCUUGUGUGCGGAGCGCAGCGUACGCAUGCCCUUCCUGGACUCUCAGACGGGCGUAGCUCAGAACAACUGUUACAUCUGGAUGGAGAAGAGGCACCGGGGGCCAGGGUUGGCAGCAGGUCAGAUGUACACCUACCCAGCGCGUUGCUGGAGAAAGAAGAGGCGACUUCACCCGCCACUUGACCCCCAGCUUCGCCUUUGUGAACUCCGACUCGAGGCUGAGCUGAUGACCAAGAGAGAAGCCCCUGCGACAGAGGCCACGGCCCUGGAGGCACUGUUACGUGGUGAUGGGAUCUUGGACAAGAGGAACAAUAACUCCAAAGAGGAAGAGACACUACUGGAAAUUCAGAGGGUGCUUGAGGCAGAUGAAAAUGGGGAUGGUUUCCAUGACGAUGAAGAUUUUGAAGUGGACACACCAAAGAGGAAGCAUCGAAACAAAGGCAGGGGUCGAGGCUCUGGGCGCAGGCGAACAGAGGCAGCGGCCAACGAUGAUCAGGAUAAACCCUACGUGUGUGACAACAGAUACAAACAAAAGCAUAACUCAAAAACCGCUGACUCAGUUUGCGGGAAGCGUUACAAAAACCGCCCUGGACUAAGCUACCAUUACACCCAUACUCAUCUUGCUGAAGAGGAGGGUGAGGAAGAACGAGAAACUGAAAUCCCCCAAUCUCCUCCUGUCCACCACGAGAAUCAUAAGCCACAGAAAGGGCCUGAUGGUGCGAUCAUCCCUAAUGACUACUGUGACUUCUGUCUGGGAGACUCAGGCUCUAACAGGAAGACAGGCCAGGCUGAGGAGCUGGUUUCCUGUUCAGACUGCGGCCGCUCUGGCCAUCCUUCAUGUCUGCAGUUCACAGACAACAUGAUGCAGGCUGUUCGGACGUACCAGUGGCAGUGCAUCGAGUGUAAAUCCUGCAGUCUGUGUGGCACCUCAGAGAACGAUGAUCAGCUUCUGUUCUGUGAUGACUGUGAUCGGGGAUACCACAUGUACUGCCUGAAGCCUCCCAUGACACAGCCACCUGAGGGAAGUUGGAGUUGUCAUCUGUGUCUUGAUCUGCUGAAGGAUAAGGCAUCUGGUUUCGGAGAGCCGUAAGCAUUGUGAGAAGGUUCUACACAGAUACACACACAGACACGCACAGCAGACUCAGGAUGAAUGUUUGUCUUGGUUUUGCUCUGUAGUUCUCCUCCUGUAGUAGUGUGCAGUGGAGUCUUCCUCUACCUCUGUGUUACAAACAUUUUUCUCAACCAAGUCUAGGCAAUCGGUAGUCUACCUCACAUCCUGCUCACUAACAAAUCUAAAGGCAGGUUUGAGUCCAGAUUGUCCAAUUACCUAGAAACAUGAGUCGUUUUAUAUAUAAAAAGUACUUAGUUAAAUAGCAACACCAGCACAAUAACUAUAAUAUUACAAAUGAAUGAAGUGAUAAUCAACCUCUUAUACACACAUUCUAAGCUAUUUUUAACAAAUAGCAGAUUUUUAGAUCAAGUUAUCUGCUGUUUCUUCUCUACGUGCAACAUGAACUUACUCAGAGACACACACCAGUGGUAUAAAGCAAAAUCCUUUUCAUUUAAGUCUGUUUCUAUUCACUUUAAUCAUAUUUUUAAUGUGUCUAUGAUGUUUGUAAGCCCACAUGAUUUCUAGCAAUGACAUUUUUGGCUCAUAACAAGAAACUGUUUGAUGUAAAGAGGAUAAAUGUGAUUAGUAUCUCAUCUUUCUUACUGGGAUCAUCAUUCAGGUAGUCAUUUAGAGCAUAGUAUCUAUGAGUUAUUGUGAAAGCAAUCUUGAAACUUAAUGGCAAAAAAUAGUUUUUCCAUGUAUUGAAGCAGCACUUAGCUUUGACUUCAGGACUGGAAAAUAAUACUGUUGAGUGUCUUCAUUUGUUCUUUUACAUAUAUAAUUUUGCAGACAAUCGUGUGGUUGGUAAAUGACAUGAUAGCCAUCAUAUAAUGCUUUUCCUUGUGCUACGAUAGUACUUGCAUGCUUUGUUUUGCCUUUUCAAGCCAGCUUUUUUUCUCUAGGUUACAUUUUGUAAUUAUUAAAUGUGAAUGCAUUAGACUGUUUAAUCUUUCGUUACAUUGUGUCGGACAUAUCUGGUUAUGCUCCAGGAACAUUCCAGUUUUGUGUGUCCUAGAACCUUCUAUUGUUUCAUCUGCCUGUUUGGAGCCCUUCAUACCUCUCUGAGUGAAACAUCUGUUCACUCCAUUUUGUAUUUCUUUGCUCGUGAUAUAUUAGCAUUUCUAUUUCCAUCUGGACAUUCUCUCAUGUCAUUCCCACCUCCUUCACCUGUAUAAUACAUUAGAGGCUCUAUUUUCAGAGCCAAUUCAUCAACGCUCUCCAGAUCUUGUGAUCUGUUGAAUAUUUUAGCUAUGCAUUUUUAUCUAUUUUAAAGGUCAUCUACAUCACAUUUACAUUUGUUUUUCAGUUUAAAAAAAUUAUUAAAGCUUCCAAAAUCAAACUAGUUUGAUGAUGUUUAGAGUCCAUUCAUAUAACCAUAGUUAGGCCUUUGGAAUAAGACUUUUGUUUAGAAAAAAACAAAACAAAACAGACAGCUGAUACAUUAUGACUUUUCGCACUUAAAAUUGUUAACCCAUUCUAAAUAUAAACCUUCAGGUACCUUUUUUCAUGUUUUGUAAUAGACUGUACAUUUGUAAACCCCGGGUUAAUGUUCUUUUAUGGAUAUUUGCCUAUAAUAUGAAUAUUUAAUGAGCAGGUGCUAUUCAGGGUUAUGAUUGGUUAUUUUUUGCUAAACAACUACCAGUUAUAUAGAGUGCAGCAGUCAAAAUAAAAAUCCAAAUCCAUUUUCUCUGUACGGGAACUGAUUUUUAACAAUUUUAACUUAUAAAUUGCUAAAAAAAAAAGAAAAAAAAGUGAGGUUGUUAAAUGAUGGUAUUUGGUGGUAUGUUGCUAUCCUCAUAUACCACCAUAUACCAUACAACAUUAUCCAUGAUUCUGCAAAGCAAAUUGCACCAAAAAGACCCCUUAUUUAGUUUUAUAUUUCUCCAUUGUUUUGUCAUUUGAUUGACUCGUUCACAAUGCGUCAUGGGAUUAUAGUUUUUAUCCUCAUUAAAGCUGUCUGGUACCAGUCUUGUACCUUUGGCUUCAAAUCAAAGUUUGUUAUGUUCAUAGCUUAUAAUUCUUUAAUGAGAACUACAAAUCCUAUGGGAAAAUACUAUCUGAACCAAGGGCACUUAAAAAAGUGGACGGGCACUGUUGCACUCCUUGAAAGGGAAUUUAACUCAAGAUGUUUUGCUCCAGGCUUCAUAACCCACUGCUAAAUACCCUUCUAAAGUAAAAGUGCAAUACUUUUCUUUGCCCAGGGUUGAAAGCAAGCUUUAAAAGACGAUAACCCGGGGUUAAGCUAGAAACAGCUCCAUUAUACCAACUUACCAACAAUGACAUUUCUUGUAUAUAAUCAUCUGUAUUCAAACACAAAUGUUGACUUUUUAAUCCUUUGCAAUCACAAGAAUCGUUUUGUACUUAGUUUUUUAUUAUUAUUAUUAUUUCUUGUCUUUUACUUUUAUCCUUGUUGUAAU